AUGUCCGGUGUCAGCAAGGCCUGCUGCUCAAUCCCUCCCAUCGUCGCAAAGGGCUACGAGCCCAAGGGCGAGUACAAGACCAUCAAUGGCCUAAAGACCUACGUAACGGGCCCAUCGGACGCCACGAAAGCCAUCCUCGUCAUCUACGACAUCUUCGGCUUCUACCCGCAAACCCUCCAAGGCGCCGACAUCCUGGCCACCUCAAGCUCGCAAAAAUACCGCGUCUUCAUCCCCGACUUCUUCGAAGGCGAUCCCGCCGACCUCUCCUGGUUCCCCCCACAAACCGACGAACACAAGCAGAAACUGGGCAAAUUCUUCGAGACAAAAGCCGCGCCCCCCAACACGCUCUCGAAGAUCCCGGGCGUCGUGUCCGAAGCAAACAGCUACGCGCCCUCCGAGAAGUUUGACUGGAGCAUCCUGGGCUACUGCUGGGGCGGCAAAAUCGUGGUCCUCUCGUCGGGGACCGAAAACAAGACGUUCAAGGCCGCCGUGCAGUGCCACCCCGCAAUGCUGGACCCCAAUGACGCGAAGAACGUGAAUAUCCCCAUGGCGUUGCUGGCGAGUAAAGACGAGAAGCCCGAUGAUGUGAGCCAGUUCGGCGCGAACUUGAAGGUUGAUCAUUACGUUGAGACUUUUCCGAGCCAGAUCCAUGGGUGGAUGGCGGCGAGGAGUCGGCUUGAGGAUGGCGAGGUGAAGAAGGAGUAUGAGCGCGGGUAUCAGACUGCGUUGGACUUUUUGGCGAAGCAUGCUUAG